AGGUCGAAAAACAAAAUAAAAAUGACGAGCCCGAUAUUAUCCUGGUCUAUUGUGCUACAACUCGCAAUUGUUGGUUUUGCUCUCUUGUUAGGACUAUUAGCAUUGAUCUCCAUUUUCUCAAAAUCCGCCCCCCUGCAGGUUAACCAAGCAGACGAUACACCUCCUGGAAGUCUGGGAUGGCCCUUGGUAGGAAAGACUCUUGAAUAUCUCAAGCCACAUAAAUCAAACUCCACAGGCCAGUUCUUGCAAGAACAUUGCUCUAGGUACGGGAGAGUGUUUAAAUCCCAUCUUUUUGGCAAUCCAACCAUAGUUUCAUGCGAUCUGGAGCUCAACACAUUCAUUCUGCAAAAUGAAGGGAAAUUGUUUGCGAGUAGCUAUCCAAAAUCAGUUCAAAGCAUCCUUGGGAAACUAUCCAUGCUUCUUGUUUCCGGAGAGCAACACAGAAAGAUAAGAAGUACUGCAGUGAGCCAUAUCGGAACGUCCAAGUCAAGACCAGACUUCCUUCGCUACAUCGACAAGUUGUCAAGCUCGCUGAUGGAGUCUUGGAAAGAAAGAAAACGGGUUCCCUUCUUUAAAGAAGCCAAGGAGUUCACCUUGCAUGUAAUGUUAAAGAAUCUGCUAGAUAUGGAGCCAGGAGAUCCAAUUGCUCCAAGAAUACUCCAAGAUUUUCUUACUUUCAUGGAAGGCUUCGUUUCUCUCCCGCUGUAUAUACCAGGGUCCCCCUAUGCCAAGGCUGUCAAGGCAAGAACAAGAAUCUCAUCGACCUUAAGAGUCAUUAUAAACGAAAGGAAAACGAGAAAGGAGGGAUACUCAAGAGGGGACUUCUUGGACGAGUUUUUGCAGAAAGGCCACUUGGAUGAUGAGGAGGAAGUGAGCAUUGUGCUGGACCUCUUGCUGGCCGGAUAUGAAACCACCUCAGGACUUAUUGCUCUAGUUGUCUACUUUCUUGCUCAGGCACCCAAAGCCCUCCAACAAUUAAAGGAUGAACACCGAAAACUGAGGGGAAACAAGGCGGACGGAGAACUCUUGGAUUUUGAGGACUACAAGCAAAUGGAAUUCACCAUGACCGUUAUAAAUGAAGCCUUGCGUUGCGGCAACCUAGUCAAGUUUGUCCACAGAAGAGCUCUCAAGGACGUAAAAUUCAGAGAAUAUGUGAUUCCUGCAGGGUGGAAAGUUCUUCCUGUCAUCUCUGCCCCGCAUCUUGAUCCAGUUCUCCAUCAACAUCCCUCCGUGUUCAAUCCUUGGAGAUGGGAAGACGAAGCAACAAGCAAAAAAUUCGCGCCCUUCGGUGGUGGAUUGCGACUUUGUCCCGGUUCAGAUCUUGCUAAACUUGAAACCGCUUUCUUCCUACACCAUUUCGUCCUAACAUACAGUUGGAAAAUAAAAGAAGAUGAAUGCCCGGUAUCUCACCCCUAUUUGGAGUUUAAGAGAGGCCUGCUGCUGGAGAUAGAGCCGUUGUGAAAAAAAAAAA